AUGGACAAUGAGCACUGGAUUGAUGAAGAAAUAGAGAAUCAAAUGAACGAAAUCAAUAUUUUGGAAAAGAAUGAAGCGUUACUACGGCAUGAUCAACUCUCAUUAGAAACUGAAAAUUGCGAUUCUGAAAUGAACGUGAAUGUCGAUGAUUUCACAAAAUCCAUAAAUGAAUGUCAGUCAGCUAUUGAAGAUGAAGGAUCUGAAAGUCAGACUAGCGAAAAUGAAAGUUUAUGUUCCAACAUAAUGAGAAAUAUUGAGAAUGUCCUCAAUGAAUAUACGUCGGUGUCGACAUCUGACGAUGCUCUAAUUGAGAAGAGCAUGAAACUUUUGAAAGAAAUUCACGAAACAAGUCAUUCUGAUCAUGUAGUGUUGGAAGUUUCUUGA